CUAGAUACAGCAAGCAAAGGCAUUGGCACAGGCGAGCAUCGGUGACACCGGUGCAAUCGGUCGCCCACCACCAAGUGUUUGCCCCUUGCCUCGUUUGACCGCUAUUCUCUUGAAAACAUAAACAUGACUGACGAACUCAUGAAUCACUCAUGAUACGUCUGCCAACGGGCCUUGUUCCGUUGGUGGCGGCCUGGGGCCUUCAGAGCGCGCUUCACAGCGGGCUUGUAUGGCUCCAGGCCGACCAACCCACCUCAGCGCUUACUGCGCACGUAGUGCUGUCAAUGUUAACAUUAGUGUUAGUGCUGGCGGCUCUGGCAACGGUUCACCUGAGCUUUGCUCCUCGCGCUAUCAGCCAAAGUUCACGAACGGAAGAGCUACAAAUCUUCAUUAGGCUUCCUUCAGGGCAACUCGUCACGUUCGUGGGACCUGUCGAUGCCACUGUGGGCUCUGUCUUCGACUUUAUCGCUUCCACGACCCUCUUCCAUCUAGAUAACAGCCGGAUAUGGCGCUUGGUCGCACGCGGCGGCGACACGCUGCUGGAGCGUUCGACCGUGCUGGCACGUCGUGGCCUGGCGUCCGGUUCCGAGCUGCAAGUGCUCGCACGGCUAAUGGGUGGCACUCCAAAGAGAAGGCCAUCAGCACCCUCAGACAACUGGCUCAGCCUCCACCGCUUCACCCGCUUCCAAAACCACUUUGGAGACCCCGUCUACACGUGCACCAACCCUGGAUGCCGUUCGCCAACGCAGUUCAAGGAUAGAGCGGCUUGCUCUCGCCACGAAAAAUGCUGUGAGGGUGCACCUCGGGACCUCCCUCUCCCUGCCGGUACCGGUGGCGAAGGCGGCCUAGGAGACGCUGACGUUCCUGAGGGAGGGAGGGAUUCGCUUGCGGGUUCUGUUAGUGAGAGCGACAGCAUGCACACUAGCGGUAGCGGCACCGACAGAGGUAGCGGCACCGACAGCGGUAGCGGCACCGGCAGCGGUAGCGGCACCGGCAGCGGUAGUGGCACCGGCAGCGGUAGCGGCACCGACGGCGGCGGCGGCGGGAAUGUUGGCGAUGGCAGUGACAGGAGUGGUGGUGGCUACAGUAAUAGCGGCAGCGCCCGGGUUGACAGCGACUACCUAUACUCCGAUGAGGAAGAGGAAGAUGCUGCUGACGCUGAACCGGGUCAUUUCCUGGCGGCAGCUCUACACCGCGUUGUGGCUUCUCUCGACCAGGACGACCCUGCCAACAUCAACACCAUUGAGCUGCUGAAUGCUAUUCUGCAGCAAUUCGGGCACCUGGCGCCUGUUGACGGCGACGGUGAUGCUGAUGACCAAGCCGGUGCGGUUGCCAACGACCUUGCGGCGCAGGGCAUGGUCAUGCAACCCACCAACAUCUCCGAACUACAGCAUGGUGCGCGGUCUGUGCAGCACUUCAAGGGCAUCAUGUCAGAGCCGCUGUGGAGAACAGGCACUCAAUCUGCACCUAUCACUGUGGGGCAGUUUGCUUACGCUUGGAUGAAGGAGAAGAUUGAUGGGCGCGUACGGGAUAAUGUUGCGGACCGUCAGCUGCGUUUCCUUCGUGACGUGUGCUUUCCACCUGGCAAUAACUUGCCCCCGUCGCUGUACAUAAUGAAGAAGAUGUUGGACAUUCCAGACGCACAUGACUUUGAGAAGCACGUUUGUUUGAGCGACAAGUGCUUGUUCCCUGAUUUCCCUCGAGAUGAGUGGCACCAGCACCUGCAAGAUGAGUGCGGCUGCGGCCAUCGACGGUUUAAGCCUGCCCGGCCAGGACACCAACCAGUUCCGAACAAGAGGUUCUACGACUUCGGUGUCGAGAAUGUCGUGCGCGGCAUGUUCAUGGACCCACGGUUCUGCACGUUUCGCGGCACAGGGCGCGACAACAACCCUGAUGACUUCUACGGCUCGCGGUACGCACAAGACAUCAAUGCCAAGACUUCCGGCGAGUUCUUCGAGCCCGACAGCUCCGCUUACGACCUGGGCUUUGACUUCGGCGAGGUCUUCUCGUUCAAGAAGUACAGCUGCGGGAUGCUGUUCAUUCGGUGCGCGGACCUGCCAGUGACUCAACGCAGCAAGCGCCGCCACUGCUUCCCCCUGAUCAUCACGCCCGGACCUUCGGAGCCUGACUCAAUGGAAGUCUACUUGCGCCCAACACUGACAGCAUUCAAGGCCUUCGGGCCUGGCACCGAGGGUAUGACCGUGGUGGACGCUGCUUCGGGCCGGACCUUUGGGCACAAGAUGUUUCUGGGCAGUAUCUUUGCUGAUACGCCUGCAAACCGGACGUUGAGUCUUUGGCUCUCCCAUGCGGCCAAGAACGCAUGUGGGCACUGCAUGCUGCUGGGAGAGACUGGCCCUAACGGCCAUGGUACAUACUUUCUGGGGUACAACAAGCCGGCGGACAUCAACACAGCGCUGAACGUCCUGUUGCCACCUGACUGUUGUGGAAAGUAAUCAUGACUUGGCAUCGGCGCUGGGUUGCCAUGGCAUUUCCUGCAUAGCGAAGGAGCUGUCGUACAUAGACAUGAAUAACGUGUGGGUUGUGCCCAUAGCGCAUGCAGCUCUGUUCGGUGUCAUCAAGAAGUUCUGGCACUUUGUGCUGGGCGAGUCCGUCAAGAAGGCUGAGAGUGACUUUGUGUUAAGUGUAGAGGCUCGUCGCAGAAUGACUGCACGUGCAUCCCAUUUCAUCAUUACUAAUGACUUUAACCGACCCUACCGUGACAUUGUCCCCUGCUCGUACUGGACCAUGGAAGAAUGGCUGCACUGGACGGACUGCUUCUCCCUAUACGUCCUGCACUCGCACGGAGGGGAUCCUAAUAAAGUUGUGAUGCCGGUAGUUACACGGAAAGAUGAUGCAGGGCUGGAUCGUGAGUUUGACCUGGGGAGAAUGUGGGAGAUGUUGCGCACGGCCAUGCUGCAUUAUCUGCGGUAUGACCAAUUCUCGGAGGCUGCGUGUGACAGUGCAGCAGUAACCUUCAAACAGUUCUGCUGUGACUCGGAGCUCGUGUUUGGCAUGAAGUUUGCUACCUACAACAUGCAUCUACUGGCAUGUAGGCUACGCGAGCAGGAGCGUGCACGUGGGCACGUGGCGUUUGCAACUGAGUUCUGGGUCGAGCGCGGUGUGCAGCAGGUCAAAAGUGGGGUCAAGUUCCGCACAACCAGGUGUCCAGAGCAAAUUAUUGUGAGUGGGUUCCUUGCAAGUGCCCGGCUCGCUGAGAUGCGAGCUGAGCGUGGCAGGGGAGGUGGCACCGCGGAUGGUGGUGCAACGGGGCCAGCCGGGGUAGAGGCCGGCCAUGCACUGGCUGCGGGUGGGAGCCAGUACAAGUCAUUUGAUGAGUGGGUGCCAAAUUACCGUGCAGCACACGUCACAUUGACGGGGGAUGUUUGCGCGGAUGUAGAGGAUGGUGAGGGUUCCCAGCUGCUUGGGCGCGGAUAUGUGGCGGGUCCGACCGAGCGGACAGUUGUCUUCGAAGCAUUCAUGAAGGCUUUUAGUAAAGAGGACUUCGAGACACGUUCAGGUGUGGUGGAGGGUGACUUGCAGAACGCAAGUGUUAUUAUAUUCAAACGUGCACUUGUACGACGUGACCAGGUUUUACUAUCUACAAAGUAUAACUUGACCACUGCACGUGAGUCAUUUUAUGUGAAGACUAAGUAUGCGCCAUCCCUUGACACCCCAGAGGACGAUCAGGACGUGUCUGUGUAUGUUGGAGAGGUUGCAUUCUAUGCUCGUGUGCAAACCGUGCGUGGGGUUGUAUGCCGUGUGGCGAUUUGCGAAUUGCAUAAGGUGGAGGUGGUACGGCCGCAGUCGUUGUACUAUGCUGCAGACUUUAGUCGCCGCAAGGCAACCCCCAACCAAGAACGCCAGCAGACGUUCCUGAACUCGUUCCCCGUGCUAUUGCAAGCCAUUGACUCGAAGGUGAUGCGCUGCAAGCUCGACGAGAAUAAAAGUUACUUCAUUACGUACCACUUGUUUUCUCAGUUGCCAACCAAUGAUGGUGAUUGGCAAGGAGCAGUGCAAGUUGGGUAGCCGCUCACGCGGCUGAUGCAGUCUGUAACAUGAUGAUGUC